AUACAUAUAUACACAAACUUAUACACAUAAAUAAAACCCCAUCAAAAUUCAAAGAAUUCACCACCUCUAUUUUUUUUCUCUCAGUUUAUAUUUUUAUUUUUUUUCUCUUAUCUCAGCUGCUGUAAUUGUUGUCUGAGAAGGAAAAAAAAGAGAGAAACUAUGCUAGGUGACUCGGCUGUUUUGAGUGGUGGCGGUGGAGAUGCACCAGCACCAGCAGCUGCACCACCUAACAUGACGGUGGAAGGUGGUGGUGGAGUUGGAUCAAAUUCAGAGAGUGAUGUUGAAAGAGGAAGAGUUGAAGAUGGUGAACGUAGCUUCGGCGGUAACAGGUGGCCGCGACAAGAAACUUUGGCGCUUUUAAGGAUACGAUCGGAUAUGGAUACAGUGUUUCGAGAUGCAAGUGUUAAAGGUCCUUUGUGGGAUGAAGUUUCAAGGAAGCUAGCAGAACUUGGGUACCACAGAAGUUCAAAGAAAUGCAAAGAGAAGUUUGAGAAUGUUUAUAAGUAUCACAAGAGAACCAAAGAUGGUCGAGGUGGAAAAUCAGAUGGUAAGACUUAUCGAUUUUUUGAUCAAUUAGAAGCCCUUGAUCAUUUUCAUACCAACCCUUCACCUCAAAACAUAUCAAAACCACCACAAAUUUCGGCACCAACACCGUCACAAGUUGUUACAACUGCAACAGUUUCACUACCAAUAACAGAAUCAACAAUGUCACAAGUGGUUAACACCACUCUAAGUAUCCCUCAUGCAACUGUUCCAUCAAUUUCCAUGCCUCAAAACAAUAUUGCAACUACCCAACCAAUUAUGAAUAUGAAUCCUACAAUCCCAUCCAAUCCUUCAACUAUUUUCCAACCAUCAACAACAAACCCUACUUCCACCAACCCUCUUCCAUCUUUUCCUAACAUUUCUACAGAUCUAUUAUCCAAUUCCAUGGCUAGCUCCUACUCGACAUCUUCCGAAGACACAACGGAAGAAGGAUCUCGAAAGAGGAAGCGAAAAUGGAAGAACUUUUUUGAGAGAAUAAUGAAGAAAGUGACCGAGAAGCAAGAGGAUUUGCAGAAGAGAUUCUUGGAGGUUAUUGAGAAACGCGAGCAAGAACGAGUUGUUAGAGAAGAAGCGUGGAGAGCACAAGAGAUGCAAAGAAUCAAUAGAGAGAGGGAAAUGCUUGCACACGAAAGAUCUAUAACUGCAGCAAAAGAUGCUGCAGUCAUGUCUUUCUUGCAAAAAAUAGCCGAACAACAAAAUCUAGGACAAGCAUUACAUAACAUCAACAUUGCACAACCACCGCCACCACAACAACAACUACCACAAAGAAGUGUAGCACCAACACCAACACCGGCGGUAGUACCAAUAUCUGUGGUACAAGUUAACACAACGCCGCCGCCAGCACAACCACCUCCGGUUAGCAAGUUAGGCACAACAAUAGUCCAGCAGCAACAACAACAACAAUUGGUGACGAAUAUGGAAAUUGUGAAAGUUGAUAACAAUGGCGAGACUUUCAUGGGAGGGAUGAGUUCGUCAAGGUGGCCGAAAGUUGAAGUUCAAGCACUUAUAAAUCUGAGGACGAGCAUGGACAAUAAGUACCAAGAGAAUGGACCAAAAGGUCCUCUAUGGGAGGAGAUAUCUUUAGCAAUGAAGAACCUCGGUUACAAUAGGAAUGCAAAAAGGUGCAAAGAAAAAUGGGAGAAUAUAAACAAGUACUUCAAGAAAGUGAAAGAGAGUAACAAAAAGAGACCCGAAGAUUCAAAGACAUGUCCUUAUUUUCAUCAGUUGGAUGCUUUGUAUAAGGAGAAAGGAAAGGGGGAAAAUUAUAGUGGCGGUGGCGGUGGCGGUGCUGGUUCGACCCAGGUGGUGCAACCGGAGAACAUGGCGGCACCGUUGAUGGUUCAGCCGGAGCAGCAAUGGCGGCCACCUCAGCAGGGAGAAGAUAACAUGGAGCAGAACCGUGGACAGGAAGAAGAAGAUAUGGAUGAAGAUGAUAAAGAUGGUGAGGAAGAAGAUGAUGAAGAAGAUAUGGAUGAAAGUGGUAACUUUGAAGUAGUGGCAAACAAGCCUGCAGUGGGUGCAUCAGCUUGAGUAUAGUAGUAGCUAGUGAAAAGGAGCAGCUGCAAAAAGGGCCCAAAAGAAUAUAAACAAAAAUGAGUUUGUUGGUGGGUCAUAGAUAGUGCAGGAGUUGUCGAGGAGGAUGGUGGUGAUGGUGGUUGUGUUGGAGGAGGAGAGAUUCUUUUGUGUGUUGUGUGUGGAAGAAUUUGAAUAUGUACGGUGGAAUGAAUGACACAUGGGUUUUGAGGAGGGAAAUUUGAUGGGUGUUGGGUUGGUUGGUACUUUGUUGUAGCAAAUAUAUGUUUUUCAAUUUUAUAAAAUUUGUUUAUUUUUUGGGGGUGAUUAAAUAAGUGAUAAGUCCAAUUAGAGAAGAAUUAAGAUUAAGAUAGAGAGAGUCAGAUGUUUCAAAACAACAAAAUAAGCAAUAGAGACCUUAAUUAAGGUUGUAUUUUAUUUAAUUUUCAUCUUGUUUUAAGUUUAUGGUGGUGUAAAUUGGACAAGAUUAUUUAAGCUUUUGAUUUUUUCUUUCUAA